UCGUCCUUUGUUGUUGUUGGUCCUGUGGUGGUCGUCGUCGUCGUUGUCGUCACUGUCCUUUUCGUUGUCAUUGUAGUGGAAGUGGUAAACGUCGUCGCUGUCGCCGUCAUCAUCAUUGUUGUCGUCGCGUGGACAUCGCCAAAGGCAUCUACACCACCGUGUCAGUGUACCUUGUGUCGAAGGCCCUGGACUGAGGCUCCUCACUACCCAAUCGAAGAUCAUGAAGUCAUCGGGUUCGUUCAGGGAGCAGGUGGCCACUGUGAGCAGCUGGUUCGACCAGUGGAACCCGUGCGAGCAGACUGUUGCCCUGUACUCACUCCUGAAGAAACUGGGUCCGGUCCAGGGUCGGUUUUUGGGACUGUGUCUCUCCCAACAGGGGCUACAGGCUUCGAAAGACAUGAAGAUCAACGAACAGAACGCCAACGACCCCGGUUUCGUGCGUGGACUCGACAGCGCUUCGCAGUUGGUCGUCCACCUGCCCCUGCUCCGGCCUGGGAACGAUAACGCGAAGCAAGUCUACCUCGAGCAGAUUCCAAUAGCGUUAUCCACGGCUGUCGACACGUGUCUCGAAGUCGAAGAGGCGAGACAACUCCUCAGCUAUGCCCUGAUCCAUCCCGCCCUUGGCAGCGAAGAGCGUCGGGCUCUCGGCCUCUGGCUCAAACACCUCGAGCAUUGCAUAGCCUCCCCUCAGAUCACGCAUGACUCCACGAACAACAAUAAUAAUAAACAUAUUAACGUCAACCACAACAACAACAACAAUAAUAUUAUUAACAAUAACAAUAAUAAUAGCAACAACAUGAACAACAACAACAACAUCAACAACAGCAUCAACUACGAUCCCGCGAUGAAGGACGUCACGGGAUGGUUGAAAACCCUUCGUCUGCACAAAUAUUCUCCGCUCCUCAUGAGUAUGUCCUACGACCAGAUGUUGAUGUUGAACGAGGACCAACUCGAAGCUCACAACGUGACUCAGGGAGCCCGCAAUAAAUUGAUUCUCAACAUCAAGAAGCUUCAGCAGCGUCAAAUGCGCCUACAGGCCCUCCAGAAAGACAUCGAGUGCGGCAACGGGGACUUGAAGCAAAUCAUCGAGGAAGUCCGUUCCAUCCUGGUCACACCCAUGAAAGCUUAUCCUCAGGAGCCUGUCCCCCUACAGGACGACGACAUUCCCAGAGAGAUAACGCGAGUGCUCGCCAAGAUCUGUUCCACUCUGUUGACAUCGCCCGUCUUCGAUCACAGCCUGGUCCCGGCCUAUGUACAGCUGCUGGACCGUUGUCUCGCGCAUGAUCAGUUCUGCCAAACCCUCAAACGUCGGAUUUACAGUUGGAAACAGCAGAUCGCGAAAUUUGGGGCCCGAAGGAGGCCCUACACCCUACCGUGGAUGAGCAAAGACAUGCCCGGUGUGCCAAGCAGGACGGCGAAUACGUUGCCUUUCGGAACUCGACCCUCGAACAUUGUGGAUCCGGAUUAUGAAGACCGUUUGGAGUCUCUCUGCUUGUCGGUGACCGAGCACGCUAUCGGCGACACCUUCCACAGCUAGGUGGAACCGCGACGACGCUCGAGUGAAUUCGAUGUUGAGGGAACGGAAAGAAAACGGUGAACGGUGAUGGACAGACGGCGGCCGUAUCGGCCAGCGAGUCGAGGACCCGGGCCAGCGAGUCGAC